AUGGCACGCGCCAGACCCUCGAGUUCUAACUCUCGUCUGAAUCUGCGGGAAAUCCUCGAGGAAGGGCGGUCAUAUAUUGCCGCUUGCGACAAGCGACGAGCCGCCGGCUGGCCGCUGAGAAAAUACAACGACCUGACAGCGUCCGAAAAGGAAAUACCUGACCGGUGGAUGGCAAGAUUCUACGAGUGUAACCAUUUGGGCAAGCUCGAUACGGCGGAAGCGAGAGAGACUGCGAGAGCCAAGCUGUGGGGGCUGGUAUUUUCCACCUGGGACACAGACAGCUCUCCACCGCAACCUGCACGUCUCGUCGCCAGAAAGACAACGGAUAGCAUAUUCAAAAUUGGGAUCCUGAGAGAGGAUGUCGAGCCUUCCAAGAAGCGAAAGGCCGAUGACUCGAGUGUCCCCGCGCCUGCUUCACGUCCCCAUGGACCGCGUUCCCGCGGCGCCGACGUCUUUAUCAAGGCCGACAUCAACUGGGCAACCGAAGACCUGGGUUUCAGCUUGUGCGACGCUAGAGGUGCAAACUUCACCUCCGACAUCAAGUUUGAGUGGACGCAUGGCUACUAUCCUAGCUUUGCCAUGGAAGAAUGCGCAAAAGUCUACUGGAAUAGGUACGAGCUGUUGUACUCCCUCAAGAACAACUUGGGAGGCCGUGACGAAGCGAGCCUUCCCGAGGCUCGUACUAUUGUACGAUGGCCCUCAAACUCCACGGACGUCGCAGCCCAACUUCCCUACGUGAUCGACAAGACGCCCGACAACGCGAAUGAGCUGUUGACAAGCGUGAAGCUCUGUGCCGAUCUUUAG